ACGUAUUAGCCCCCUUCUAGUAUCCGCCUUCCCUGUUUUGGUAUUUAGGGCGAAUACAAACCCAGGGAAGACAAGAAUGGUGCUGACGCGGGCUGUGCUUCCUGGUUGUCAGCAUCGUGAAUAUAUAUCGUAACGAGAGCUACUUUCCUACCCCGACUUCUGAUCUUGAAGACCGAAGGGACUUCACCCCUGCUAGGCGAACCUUGGAAGAUUUGAUGUGUACUUGCUUGGACAGCUUGUUAAGACUUUACUGUGCCUUCGACAGCCUCAGACGUUUGCAAAAGCCCUUACAUCCUACAGCCGAUUACCAUGUCGAAGCCAGUCAUCGUUGUUAUCCCAGGCGCUUGGCAUACCCCAGCAGUCUUCGAACCCGUGAAGAGGAAGCUCGAAAGCGACCAUAGCUACACAGUUCUUUCCAGCAAGUUGCCCUCUGUUGGCAGUAACCCUCCUCCCGAGGAUCUUUCCAAGGACGUCGAAACAUUGCGCAAGCUCGUGACUGAGGCGAUUGGGAACGGCAAUGAUGUAGUCGUUGUGCCCCACAGCUGGAGUGGGAUUGUGGCAGGCAGCGCUCUGACAGGCAUGGGAAAGAAGCAACGAGAAGAGAAUGGUGAGAAGGGAGGUGUAACGCGGAUUGCGUUCAUGUGUAGCUUCAUUGCUCCAAAGGGCGUGAGUCUACUGGACGCUAUUCAGCAUGUGAUCCCAGAUUGGUGGGAGGUUAAGGAACCUCACACAUUCGCCAAAGACGCUGAAAUUUUCUACAACGACCUCCCGGUAUCUGAGCAGCAGCACUGGAUGUCCCUUCUCGAAUCCCAUGCGUUUGCAACCAAGAAGGCCAAAGCAACUGCGAACGCUUGGAUGGAGAUCCCGAACUCAUAUCUGAUGUGCGAGAAUGACAAUGCGAUUCCGAUUUUCGCACAAGAGCUGAUGGUCAACCAGGCCAAGCGCAUGGGUGCCGAGUUCGAAGUAGAGAGGAUCAAGUCCAGCCACAGCCCAUUCUUAUCUCAGCCGGAUAGGGUCGUGGAGUUCAUCCGUCGUGCUGCUGGGGAGAAGAUUUGAUUUAGAUGACGGAGAGUGAAUGGUUCGAGGAGCGGUCCUCUGGCCGAACCGAGUCUUCAAAGUGUCUCUCGACAGGGAAAAUGCGGAUUACAUGAGCCUUGCCUCUAGAUACGUAUAUAGGAACACCCUCCCAUACAUCUAACACAACCAC